UUUGGAGGCGUGAUCGCUGGGCGUGGCUUCACUAUUUAUAUCAGCAUUUCCGAUUUGGGGAGUUUAGAGUUAGUGGAUCGACGUCUAGGUUUCGAAGUAGCGGAGUCGUUAAAUGCGAAAUAGCUUGGGAAAUGACUAAACUAUCGGACAAUGUAUUUAUUGCCUUACUGCGACCGGUAACUAUUGCCAAACCUUCGUCAAAAACUUUCAAAUCAAAAGAUUAUGAAAUUUUCAUGAUUUCAAGCCAAGAAGCUUCUGAUAAAGAAAGUAAAAGAUGGACGAUGCCUUGUCUCUUCAUUCCAGUAACUCACUCAAAGCCUCAACAUAUUCAGAGAGUUAUUGAUCAUUCAUUCAAGGUUACAAAAGAAGCAAGUUUGACAAACACAGGCGUGAAAGUCAGGAGAGUCAUUAAAGCAAAGAAACAAAAAAUUCAGCUAAAAGGUUCAACACAAGAAAUAACUUUGUUUGUUGUUCCAACUUCUGCUAAACAUGAUCCAAUUCCUGAUAUGGAGAAUCCAUCCCUGAGACCAGAUGGAUUCCGGUGUCUUCAUGAAACACAGAGAGAAAUACAUGAUCAUCCACAAAGAUAUCAAGACAGUACCAGACAAAUUUUAGAGGCCUUAGACAGAUGGUUGAAACGACAGCAGUCAAGGCCGAUGGCAUUGCAAGCUUUAUUCCGACCUAGUGCUCUGGACAGAAUACAAGAGAACAUCACAAAUCCUGCUUAUGUUGCUGAUGAAUCUAGAGACUGGAGGCUUCUUGAGAACAAAAUAUCACCGGAUCAAGCAAUGGAAAGAAUGUUGAAAUUCAACAAAUGUGAUAUCGUUGUUUUUAAUCCUAUGUUUGGAUCAGAAAUAAAUCCACAUAAUAAGGUUGAUCUUGUUAUAAUGAAUCCAUUCUUUGGACAAGGACCUCCAAGUUAUGAUCAAAUUAAGAUACCUGAUCGUGAAGAUUGGUUUAAAGGAAGAGAACUAAGUGAAGAAAACAGAGAACUAAGUUGGGUGGAUGAGUUUCCAUUGCACAGAGCAGCAGCAGAUGGUGAUCUACAAACUAUUGAUGAAAUUCUUAAAACUGAUUCUAGUAGAGCAAGUAACUGGGACCAUGAUGGUUGGGCUCCUGUACAUUAUGCUUGCUGGUAUGGUAGAACAGAUGCCUUCAAACUUCUAGUACAAAAAGAUGAUAGAUGUGAUCCUAACUUGAGAAACAGAAAUCAGACAAGUCUUCUGCAUCUUGCUGCAGGUUGUGGACAUCCAGAUAUUAUCAAGAUUCUCUUGGAUCAUCCUUUCAUUGACAGACAUGCCGUAGAUAAGGAAGGACGAACUGCUCAAGAAUGUUGUGAACAGAUAAGAUCUAGAGAUUGGCACAAAUGUUCUCAGUUAUUGAAAGAUGGGAUGAACAGACCUUAUCAGAAACUAAAAAUUCACAAAAUGGAUGGCUCUGAAAAGAUUCUUGAACUAAAACAUGGAAGCAACACAACAAUGCAGGAUGUUUUGGAUUUGAUGGGAUUACCUGAUGAUGUCACAAAAUGUUUUACACUGUGGAUUGCUUCAAAAAGUUUGCAUCUUCAGCUAAAACCUGAACACAGACCACUUAUAGAAAUCAAGAAAUGGCCGAACGUUUUGCAAAGAUUGAGUGGAGUUCGAUCAUCUGAACUUGUAAAAGAAGUUCCCAAGAUUUAUUUAAGAAGAGAUGCAAAACUUUUGCCGAGUGUCGAAGAAAAUGUAACAGAUCACAUGGCAAUCCUGUUAUUGUACGAAGAAGCGAAAGUUCAAUUCUUGCAAGGGAUGUAUCCUUGUUCUGAUGAGGUCGCUGUGGCGAUGGCUGCCAUAACAACCAGAAUCACAUAUGGGCCUUUUGACUCAAAGAAGCAUAAAAUCUUCACUGAUACCAAUAUGACAAAACUUCUCUCUCCUAUGAGACUAAGAAAUAAAAAUGUUAAUUGGACGCAGAGAAUUAUCAAUGAAUACAAAGAACUCACAGAACAAGGACCCACUGAAAUUCAUGAACUGCAACUACUCUAUAUGAGAUAUUGUUGGACACAAAUACCAGCAUAUGGUUGUGCUUAUUUUACUGGUUAUGCAACAGCUACAAGACAACAAGGUCCUGAUCGACUGCAAAGAAUUGUACCUUUGUAUAUUGGUGUCAAUUAUCGAGGAUUGUUUUUCAUAAAAGUUGAAAAUCGGGCACUUCUGGUAUACGUCAGUUAUCAUUCGUUGUCAUGGGAACUGGUCGAGGAAGAAGAAAUCUUUCGAAUCAGCGCUAACAACGAUAAAAUAGCGAUGAUAAUCCACACACCCCAGGCUGCACUCGUGUGUACUCUCAUGUCGAAAUUGAGCGUCGGUGUUGGAUAACGAGAAUUGGAUCUAAAAAAAUGAUGAUGAUUAUAACAAUUAUUUGCGAAUCAAUGAAGGCCAGGUUCAAAGUUCACGGAUAUCUUACACUACGUUUUUAUAUGCCCUCCAACCCGAACAAGGCUCUGUAUAAGCAAUACCUGUGGCUAAUAAGCUUCUUAUUUUAGCAGGACAGGAAUCUUGGCGAUUCGGCUUUGUCUACCAACUACAAUACGCCAUGGGCGAGGAGUCGAGAGUUAUUUUAUUUGUCAUUUUAGCAAUCAAAAGGUUUCAACAUAACGUUGGUCUAGUCCAGCGUUUCCCAAACUGUUUUCCGCGGAACAGUAGUGUUCCGCGAGCGUCUUCGAAGUGUUCCGUGGAAAAGAAAUCAAAAAUACGUCCAAAAGGGUCGCCCAACUGACCGUUCGAUGUAGCGUCAGUGGCAUUUUCGUUAACCGUCGGGUCUAGCUUUUUGACUGUAAAGUUCAUUAUCAAGUUUACAGCAAUCCUUCUGGUUUUGCUAUCGUCAAACAAGGAGGUCUAAAGAAUAGAUGUUCAGAUGGUAAACUCUUUAUCCUUCAUCUCUGCCUGGUUUUACUUUGGAAUGCUGAAAAAUUUACUCAUUUUCGCUAAACUCUAUUCAGUAGAAAAAUAAACUGCAGGGCUGCAGCUCGCGAAAUUGCGACAAAUAAUCUACUUUUAUCUCUAUUUGACGUAAGAUUAGAGGCAAACACUACCGGUACGCAAUGGAAAGUAAACGACAUAGGAUGGUAAAAUAAAUGAAUUGUUUCAUAUACACAACGCUAAAAUUGAGAAACAUUUAUAAUAAAUGCAAUAUGUAAAAUAUUCAAUCAUAUUUUAGGUAUGUUUAACACAAUUAUGUUAGUUUUCGCGCAUUUGGAAACUCCCCACGAGAACUCAUUGGGAACCGCAAAAUGACACCCUUUUUCUUCAUCAAUUUUACCCAUUCCUUUUUUGGUGUUCCGCGAGGCGAGAUAUAAAGUGUAAGUGUUCCGUGGCCAAAAAAGUUUGGAAAACGCCGGUCUAGUCUAUCCAAUAUGCCAUAGGUUCUCAGAGUGCCUCAUACGGAGCCCCAGGGCUCCCAUGGAAAAAAAAAAUAGUUGCUGCGUCAGAUUUUUGUUUACUUAUCAAAAUACUGACUCCCCUAAUUUUGUAACUGUCCAAACAAGCAAUAACGGCAUUAAUAAAAUUUGACAACGGUAUCGUCGAAACGGGACAACAAGGCGGUGAUUCAAAUAUGACAUUAUCUAUAAGUUUCAAUGGAUUUUCGAUCAUUCAAUUACCGCUUUUUGUCUCAUUUCGACUCUACUUUAUCGAUAUGUUUGUCAAGUGUCAAACUUAAUACUCGGUACGUGAAUAAUGGUCAAUCCCCUCACGUGCUUCAUAGAAAUAACACGAAAAGUUUGAGAACCCCCGCCAUUAGGCCAUCGCACAGACAGAAAGCAUAGCUAAAUUACAAUGGUGAAGCGGAGAAUUAACUGGUAAAAAUGGUUCAAUAUUUUAGUUAUAGUAAUUUAAAAUUUGACAACUUUGUUUCAAUCCACCUCUGCCCAAGUUUAACAAAUUGGUGAGGCCGCAAAAUGAGCUGUGAUCUGACUGUUUUGAAAUAAAUCGUGACGAACACCACAAUUUUUUCAUUUCAAGUACAUCUUUUUGUACCCAAAUGGAUUUUAUUUUGUUAUUGUAUUUUCAGCUGCUAUUGAACUAUUUUAGCAAACUUAUUUUUUUCUUUAUAAUGAUGUAUUUUGAGUUUUUUUAUACUUUUCGUUACCUUUAUUAUGUGACAUUGCAAUAAACAUAUUAUCAAGACUUG